UCGAAUUUCAGAACAAUUCGUGCCGCGUGCGCGUUCGUGAGACAGCAGCAGAAUACAUUUUAAAAACAGACCUAGACUAAAAACAAACCGAGCCCAGAAACAAUCAAAAUCAGCCACGUUCAGAGGUGGCAAGGUGGUUAUCCUUUCGCACAGAAACCAACGAAAAAAGCAAGGACCAUGUCGCCGGGCAGCCUGCUGAAGGUCCUGGGACUAUGCCUGGUCAUCAGCCUGGGAAUGCGUUGCGAUGCAAGAGCGGUUAAUGUCAGCAACACCUGGACAAUGCCGCAGGAGGGGCUGAAUGUCUUCUACCGAUUCUUCAGGGAUCGCAUAUCCUGGUUCGAGGCGGACGCCGUCUGCCAGUUCCAUCACGCCAACCUGGUGACAGUCGACAACAGUUUUCAAUUCGAUGCAACGCGCGACCUGCUGAGGGAAUUGGAUGUGAACGACAUCGUUUGGAUUGGUCUCAUGCGACCGCAGAACUCGGAUCGUUUUAUGUGGUCGAACUCACGUCCUCUCGUUGCCGACACUGGGUACUGGGCCGAGUCGCUGCCCCUAAUGGACGCCCCCCUCUGCGCCGUAAUCGAUCCCAUUCGCGAUUAUCGCUGGCACGCCCUUCGCUGCGGUGGUCCCGAAACCGCAUCCUUUUUGUGCGAGAUGCCAGUGCCCAGCUGGGCGGACGCCUGCAUUCUCAAGGACAUGCCCAAUCUGACCAUGCAGUACAUGGCGGACACGGCCAGCAUCGAGCUGAUUCGCAACUGCCAGGAGGAGGGCUUGCUGAGACACACCUGCAAGGGCAAGGAUGACCGAGAGCGUGCCAUCCGCCAGCUGAUCUGCCCGAAGGAGCGCCUGGAGGCGCAGCGCAUCAACGACAUCACCAACUCGCACUUCAAGUCCCUCCAGAUCAUCAAGAACAUCCGGACGGACAACAACGAGAACAACGACAUCGACCUGCUGCCCAACUACGGAGUCCGGUCCGGCAUGGCCAUCAACAUCGAGGUGGCGCCCCCUGGCGAGCUCAUGCAGGCGGAUGCGCCCGGCACCGUGUCCCUUUCCGGUCUCUACCGGAUCCCCGACCAGGUGCCCAAGCCGGUGAAGAAGGCCGCCAAGAAGGUGAUCGCCCCGGACUUUGCCAAGAAGCUGCAGAGCCACCAGCACCACCAGCAGCAGCAACAGCAGCAGCAGCAGAAGUCGCGCAAGUCCCUGAUGCACCACCAGACCGAGAAGGAGCAGGACGAGGAGAUGAUGAUGGGGGACCAGCCGGCGCUGAGCGAGGAGCAGCUGCCUCCGGGCAUUCCCGACGACGACAGCAACAGCGAGGUCUCCAACGAGAUAUUCGAGCACUUGCCCCACAAGAAGAAGAUCCUGCCGCAGGACCUGCGCACCAUGUCGCCCAUCGUCGAGGUGGCCACGGCCACAACAACUACUACCACUACUGCUAGGCCGGCAACUCUGACCACACCCGGAACAGUCGGAACGACAACCCCAACUGAAGCUGCCCCAUUAAAGGUGACCACGCCAAAGGCCCAGGACACCACAAGCUCUCAGGCGCCGGCAAAAACAACCAAGCUAACAACAACUACGAGCACUUCCACUACAACAACAACAACUACGACCACCACCACCACAGCCAAGCCUGAGGAAGCAACAACCACCACAGUGAGGGCAGAGGUGAAAACAACAGAGAAGCCCGAGGAACCGAGUACCACCAUGAAGCCAGAGCCGGAAACAACUACAGUGAAGCCUAUUCCAAUGAAGCCAGAGCCAGAGACCACGGAGCAGGAGGCAGCAACCACCAGUACAGUGAAGCCGGAGCCAUCGACAACUACAACAACGGCCAGGCCAACUACCACUGCACCGAUUGGAACAACAACUACUAAGGCAGCAACUACGACGACCACCCACGCCCCCGGCCGAGCCACUCCCACAGACCCCAACGCCAGCGGCAGUGGCAGCGGCAGCGGCAGCGUAGGACAUCCCAUACAUCCCGCACAGCAAUCGCCGCAACAGCAGCAGCACGAGCUGCAACAUGCAACACAUGUCAAGGAGUCGGCUGACAAUUCGCACUUUAUUCCGCCGAUGCUGCUGGUGAAGUCGCACUAUGUGCCGCCGUCGAAGCACGAGCAUGGCCAGGAGCACAAGGGCUUGCAUGCAACAUCAGUAGUAGCAACCACCACAACUACGGCACCAUCAACAAAAACAACUACAACAACAACAACAGCAGCAGCAGCCACAACAACAAAGCCAGAACAGGAAACGAAGCCAUCAACAGCAACGCCAGCCGGUGGACUGACAGCGGCAGCAUCUGAAAAAGCCACACCAGGAGCAUCAUCAGGAGCAGCAGCAGCAACAUCCACACUGGCAACUACUUCCCCGCUGGCUGAAGAGGCGACAACAGUCAAUAAAGCCACGACAGGCGUGAAAAUAGCUGAAGACACGACAGAAACGCCAGCCACACCUGCAACAUUGGUAAUUGCCAGUGAGAAGCCGGCAGCAACAUCAGCAGCAGCAGCAGCAGCAGCAACAGCAACAGCAACAACCGCAGCUAAUGAAAUCAAAUCGAAUGCAACAACUGUGACACCAGCAACAACUCACCAGAUGGCCACCGAAAAGAAGGAUGGGGAGGAGGACGGCGAAGGAUCAACCGGAGAAGGACACAGCCACGGAGAGACAGCCACCACAAGACACAAUUUCCUGGAGGAAACCGAGGCGCCAUUCAAGCCAAAUCGACGACGUUCGCUAACCAAGCCGGAAACGGUUAGCUACUUCAAGAAGAUCCUGGGCUAAGAAGCAGCAGGAAUCCGGGUAUUCGCGAGUCCCUGACUCCGGGCAUCCACAAUAGUAACCGUAAUCGUAAACGUAAUCGUACCACACACACACACCCACACACCCACAUCCCCAACACCCCCACUUUAUCAAAGAAAAAACAAAAAAGAAAAGAGCACAAGAUAAAGAUAAAGAAAUACCGAUAAAGAUAGCGAUACAGGCUCCUCCUUGGCACGUAAUUGGUCUUCAAAAAUCAGGAAAAUCGGUGAGAAUCCGAGGCUGCAUGCCGGGGUGCCAGUAAAUUGAAUCAGUUGAGAAACCAACCGGUCCGCCCCCAUCUCUGGAUCUCUGGAUCUGGCUCACCUAACCCGGAACCUCCUGAAAUCGCAUUCCAGGCCAUUUCCUCACAAGAUUCCAAGCCCGACCGCCUAACCACCUAACCACCUAACCGCCUAACCGCCCAUCCAACCCAUCCAUCCGCCCACCCAUAUCCACAUUCCGACCAAAAGUUUGUGCAACUCGCUCCGCCGCCGCCGCCGCCGCUGCCGGAAAUCCAAGCUGUUAGUCAACGCCAACGGAAACGAAAACGAGAACGAGAAGAAAACGCAAAGAAAACUCAACUCAAGUUGGCAGACGGUUCCAGUUGCAAGCACCAAAUAUGUCAAUUUCUCACCGGCACGGCGCACGGGGCAUGGGGUAUGGGGCAUGGGGCAUGGGGCACGGGGCAUGAGGCACGGGGCGUGGGCAAAAAAGAUGAAAAUAAAAACAAGCAAGCACGCACACACAAAUACACGAAUACACAAACACUUGAAUACUCGUCAAGACGUACUAUUACUAUGUUUAUGCCGGUGGCUCUUCCUGAAUUACUUCUAGAGGGGAAGAAAGGAUACCCCAACAUUUUGAUUAGAGCUUGAAUAGUAUCACAAUUGAAUUACUUUAUGGGAGUGUUUGUUUUAAAAACUUUUUAAAAACAUAAUAAUCUUGAAUCCCUCUUUAAUGUCAAAUCUAAUAUCCAAGAAAGGAAGUUCUGCCCAGAAGGCCAAUAGCUUGUUCUUAUAGAGUUUCUAAUGAUCUAGAUAGUCUAUACUAUAUCAGGAUCUGUUCCAGACUCUGGAAGUUCAUGAAAUGUCCGGCAUAAACCUGGAAGUAGACUCUGCUCGGAAAAAAGUAAACCCAUAGAGCCAUAGAGACAAGGAGCCACAAACAAACGUAUGGAGUCUGUCAAAGAGCAGCCCCAAAGAGGGGCACUGGUAUGGCAGGAAUAAAAAAUAUUACAUAAACACAGGAAGCCGCCCGGGGGGAGCCGGGGAGGACACAGCACAGACCCCCACAGACACGGAGUGUGUGUAUUGCAGAGGCCAAAUCUAAAGUACUAAAUACUAAGAAAAAGUGUUUACAAGCGUAUACAAGGGGCGCUUGUUUUGGAGUUCUGUCUACUUUGCCUAAGAGCCAAAUGUGUGGUUACAUCUGGUCGGGUCUGGUCUGGUCUGGUCUGGUCUGGAAUUAAGGUGAAACUUCGCAAAAACAGUCCAGCAACUAGGAUUACCCUUGAGCUGAUAUUCCCCAGAACUUAAAGCCCUCCAGAGUUUUGAGAGAACCAAGCAACCAAGAGGUUUCAAUUUGUCGCCUUCCCAGACACUUGGCCAAGUAGACGGCAGUCCAGAACAGAAACCGCUAAGCAUAUUACAUAUUACCUAUAAAUUAUGAAGAUAUGACAUAGAUGUUGUUUUUUUUUUGUGGGGAUCGGAGAUAGUGAAAUACAAUUCGAGUAAGCGAGGAGGAGAUGCGGAAUCGUUUGUCGUUUGGUAAUUUUAAGAAAAUUACUCCGAAUGAUUUUGAGAAAUUGGCAGAGCAGAGAAGCGUCAGACGGGCAGAGAACCCUUAAGAUUAAGCUAAACUUUAACGAAUAGAAAAAAGUAAAGUCCGACACGCCGAGGAGCUGAGAAGGCGAAAGCGGAGAAAGCAGAGAAAGCAGGUCCCCAAGCAGAUGCAAAGAAAAUUACGGCAAAUAAAAGCGAACAGCACUCGAUGUAGAGAAUUAUUUGUAGGUCCUUGGGAUCCGUUUAAAGUCGGAUUCGGCAGGAUUCGAGAGUCGGUAGUCGGGAGACAAACACAAGUAUGCCGCAUGGUAAAUAGUAUAAAUGUAAACCAAGUAAUUCAUUAUGAAUAAAAAGAAAACCCUUCAACAAA